UAGCCAUUAGUCGCGCUCGGCACGGCAAACGAUCGACGACAAUCGACGACGGCAGAUAGCUAACGACAACGCAUGGACGCGACGGUUUACCGUGCGCGAUUUUCAUUCAAUUUUCAACUCGAUCGAGUUCUAAAUACUCUACAGCAGCAACAACAGCAACAAAUACAAUACAAAACGAAAAACCUUUAAGCAAACGACACCGGGUGCCCCGCCGAAGGCCGGUUUCCAAAUAUAGUUGACGACGAGCAGCCGCGGCAGCGACAACAAUUGCCUGAUAAAACUAUACCAAAAAAACUGAAGUAAAAGUCGAGUCAACCGAAUCAAGCCACAAAAUGGAAUCAAACGGCAACGGCAACGGCCAUGGCAAACGCAACAAGAAAGGACGCAAAGCGCGCAAUGCAGCAUCACACACCACACAGCAUCAUCCGUGGGACGAAGGCAACACAGCAGCAGCAGCAGCAGCAACAUCUGUAGCAGCAGCAGCAGCAGCAUCUGCAACAACAACAGUAAAUCGCACUGCGUGCACCGGCACCGCUUUGACGCGAUUUCUGGUUUGCAUGGCACCUGUAUUUGUGUCGCUUCCUGGCGCUGGAACUGGCCCAAGUGAGCAGCCAACCAUAUUGCUGAUCAACGGCAUCAGCGACGACGCUCAGCUGCAAGUGAAAAGGGAAGAGGAAGGGGAAGAGGAAGAGGGAGAGACACCGAUACAGAAACAGAGCAAGGCGGCACUGAAGCUAGCCCUUGAGAAUAACAACGAACUGCCAGUCAGCGGUUUGAAUCAGCCCACACAGGUGCCCACCACGCCGGGCGGGUCGCAUUUGCUGGACUUUGAAUCUCAUCUCAUUGAGGACGUGAACAGGGCAGAGCAGAGCGGCGUUGGCAUCAAGGAGCUGCCGCCCAUCGAGCAGGAGCUGCAGACGGGCACAUCCAAGGUCGAGGCUGACGGAGUCUCGCAUGCCAUUGAGGUGGAGCCAGCGGGCGCCAAGACAAAGCAGCCAAUAGAGACUCUCGCACCGUCGCAUCAAAUUGCCGAAGUAGACGAGACGGCAACGGCAACAGCAACUGCAGCAGCUGCAGCAACGGAAGCAUCGGAGGCAGUGCGUCAGACUGCCGAGCAGCUGGUGAAAGACAUCGAGCGCGAGCUAAUUGAGAGCUUCAGCAAAGAUGUAGCACAGGCCAAGGCGGAGCAGGAAGAGCAGCUCAAGUCAGAGCUAACCGCAGUGAAUUCGCUCUCACAGCAGGUGGACGCCCAACUGAAUGAGCUGACCAGCAUACUCAAGACCAAGGUGCAGCCAAAGAUUGCCUUGGAGCAAGCGCGAACAGAAGAUAACUCAACGAAAAUCGCUGCCAACGAGCUGAAGCUUGUCGAAGUGCCAACACCCAAAUCGGAGGCAGAGGAGCAGCAACGCAAGGAGUUCAUCGACUCACUGCCACAAUUCGAACAGGAUCGCCUGGAUACCCACACGGAUGCGGAGGCCAAGCGUCUGUCCGCCGACUGCAAGCGAGAGUAUUACCAGUCGCUGAAGAAGUAUCUGCUGCAGAGCAGCCUAGACAAGCCGCCGGUGCCGCUGCAGACCUAUCGCUGGGAGGAUCUCCGCAGGGCCAGAGAGCGGGGUGGCUAUCCGUGGACACAUCUGUACAAGCGUCCCCUGGGACCCGACGAGGAGCCGGAGAUUGUUUUGCUGCUGCGCAAGUCGCAGGAGCUGCGCUUCAAGUCCGAAUCACCCAAGUCGCUGAAGAAGGUGCGCUACGACGAGCAGGUGCUGGUCAAGGAAACCGAGCGCUACAUACAGGAUCUGUCCGAGGACGAGGUCCUGGACAACACAGACGACGACGACAGCAGCGAGGAGUCGGAAGAUUCCGACGACUCAGAGCGCCGCUCCCACAACGAGGACACGCUCAGCGAGUGCAUCUCCUGUGUCUCCGACUCGGUGCUCGCCGUUGGAGGCCACGCGCGGCCAAGGAAAACGAAUCGCCUAGCGCAAAUACGUGACAUCAUCAAGCGCAGGCGCAGCGGACGCACUCAGGCCGACGCUCAGUCGCUGCCCGGCAGCUCGGCAAAUCCUAGUAGACAGGGCAGUCUGCACGAACUAGCGCCGCCGCCAGGAUCGUUAGUUCCGAAUACAGACAAGCCGCCCAAGAAGCAGCAGCAGAAGCCAAAGAAGAGCUUCGACAUUAUGAAGAAGCUCAAGAGCUUGGCGGAGCGCCAAAAGAAGCGCUUGAAUAUCAAGCGCAUUACGCUCAAGAAGGACGAGAAAAUCGUCCUGGGUGAGCAGCAGAAGAUUAUGAAGCUGAAAGCCUCACCAAAGUCGACCCGCGGCGAGAUACCGCACUUUAUAGAGAAGCAGGACUCCGAUGAUGUGCUUGAGCUGGUGGAGUACGACGAAUCGCCCUGCAGGAAGCGCACCAAAGAGGAGGAGCAGCAGGAUGAGCUGCCCAGCACCAGUGCAGCAGCCAGCGUGCCACAGCCGGACGAGAUCAUUGAGCUGCCCGUGGAGCAGACCAAGACUGAAACGCCCGCCCAGGAAGUCAGCGAGCCAACAACAGAGGCUGUCGAGGAGCCAAUCGGGGCAGAGGCGAAGGUAGAGGCGGAGGCGGUGACGGAGGUGGAGACGCCGCCCAAGAAAACACCACGGCUGCGUCGUGAACAUGUUUACGAGGAGAUUGGCCACGCGGAGUCACAGCUGCCGCUGGAGCAGCCCAUCGUGGAGCUCGAUGCACUGAAGAAGUCGCUAAUACGUCAAGAUAAUCUCACUGUAGAUGACAUCGAGGCAGCCAAGACUGUGCCCCUCGAUCGCAUGGGCAGCAGCGAGGAGGAUCAGGUGGCCGUGGCUGCUGCCGAGAAAUCUGUGGGUCUCUUGGCGCCACUCUCGUCCAUAGACUCCACGUCCUCGGAUGAAGACCGUGCGCGUCUCGCACAGCUGUCGCCCGUUGUCGAGGAGAGCGACGAGCCAUCAGAGAUUACCGAGCUGCGACCAGCAUUGAAGAAGGAAGCUUCGCCGGCGCCAUCCGACAAGAAGGUGACCUUCUCCCACGUCGAGGAUGAGGCCGAGCCGCAUCGCGAGGACAUCGAGCUGCCCGAGGAUGUGCUGGAGGCGGCCACAACGGCGGCCAAACUGAAGAGCGAUAGUGAUCAUGAAUACGAGCCCGUGGGUGUGUCGCCGGCGCGGGAGAUUGAAGCCGCGCCAGCAGCUGAGCCGGCGCCCGCCCCCGCCCCCAACAGCAGCAGCCUCCAGAUACCCAUGGACGUUGACAUUGAACUGAGUUCAGCUGGAAUCACGCCACGCACCGAGUCUCGCACGGACUACGAGAUACACACCAGCCAAGUGGAUUCGAGCGCUUUGGAGGAGCUGCCACUGCAGCCGGAGAAUCGCAAGAAGAGUUUCAUGGCAUCCGCCCAAGAUCGCACGCGCAAGAUGCAGGAUGGCCUCCGGAAUCAGGCGGGCAAGCUGCGCACUAAGCUACGCACGCAGCCUAAGCCGAAGCCCGUCUCGGGCAGUCCCAAGGCCAAGGAGCGCCGACGAUUUGCGCCCGAGUUCUCAAAAAUCAAAAUGCCCGAUAUUAAGCGACCCGACAUGUCCAAGCUGAGGGACAUAAAGCGCCCGGAGUUCACCAAGUUCAACAAGCCCGACAUGUCCAAGUUUAAGCUGCCCGAGAAAUUCUCCACACUGAAGCUGCGACGCAGCAAGAGCUUCAAGGAGAACGAGUCCGAGUUGCCCACCGAGUCCACGGAGUCACCAGCCACCACGGCUGAUGCGGCGCCGGCGCCUGCAAAGAAGAAGUUCGAGUUCAACUUUGGCACCUAUCCACGCGCCUUCCGCAAGAAGAAGCCCGUCGAGGAGACGCCGCCGCCCAUGGAAUCCUCGCUGGGCACAGACCGCCUCAGUGUCAGCGUCAUACCCAGCACCGAGACUCAGCCGUCGCAGACCUCCACGAGCUCGCCGCAGGGCGACCGUGGACCAGGCCCAGUGCGCUCCCGUUGGGCGGACAAGUUCUCCGAUGUGAGCUACAAUGACAGCGAAGGCUCGCGCUACAGACGCUAUGGCAGCGAAUUGGAAAGCUUUGACAGGGAGUCCUCGCUGGAGCGGCGCAUGAAGGAGGACUUGGAGGGCGAUACGGCCAGCGAGGCGCAGCCACAGACCGAAAUGGGCAUCCUUGGUGGCGUGACGGACAGCAAACAGUUUGCCGAGUUCGAUGAGGAGAAUCGCGCCAUACACGAGAUCUCCAGCCAGCGCACCAGGGAGUUCAAGCGCCGACCCAUGGUGCACCAGGACUCGGAUCUGCGCUCUGAGGAUAGCCACGAUGCUGAGGGCUGGACGGAGAAGGAUAUACAGAAGAACAAGCUGCUGCGCAAGGCCGAAAUGGAUGCGGAGGCCAGUUACUAUAAGUACCAUGAGAUGCAGGAUGCCCAGUCGACGGCCAGCUCCGGCAAGAAGGUCGUCAUGGAGCAGAUCGACGAUGACGAGUUCUUCUUGCGCAAGCGCGGCAUCUCCGAGGACAACAUCCAGCUGCGUCAAUACAUCAGCGAUGCCAUACGCGAGGGCUACGAUGCGCCCAAUGCGCUACAGCACGUCGGCCGCUCCGCGCGGCAGGAGGAGCGCGCGAGGACUGAGGACUUCGGCGAUUACGAUGUGCCGCCGCCCAAGCCCCGCCGCCUGCAUCGCAAUUAUCGCCCCGACUUCGAGGACUCGCAGGAGUUCCAGCGCAGCGACUACGGCGACGAUCUGUCCAUGUCACAGAACGGCAGCGACUUCAUGCCCAAGCGGCCAUUGCGCAAGGCACGCAGUCGCAGCAAAUACUCCAUGGAGGGCAGCCAGGACAUACCGAUGGCGGAUGGCGGCAGCAGCAUCCAGUACUUCGACGACGAUGAGGAGUACCUGAGGCCGCCCAUGCGCGAGCAGCCAACGGAAUCGGAGCAGGCCCUCAACAAUCUCAACUACGCUGGCCAGGAGCAGCCCAACACCCAACAGACCCGCCCACAGGCACCCAGACGGCAAAAGAAACGCACACGCGACGACGCAUCUGUGGAGAUGGACGCGGACUCGUUCAUCAAUGGCUUUGGUGGUAGAUCAGUAUCGAACACCUUUUUGCAGCCACACGAAGAUGUAAUUGUUUAUCGCACUGAGCACGAAUAUCAGCAUCACAUACCGUUAGCCACGCCCGACACCUUUACGGACGGCACCUCGGCCCGCACCCAGCGCUCCGAGGAUGAGCGCACCUCGCGUGGCGCCGAAUCGCUGAUCCUGGAUGUGCACACCAAGCCGGAGCUGCUCAGCAAGGAUGCAGCGCCCAGAAUUGAGAGCGAGGAGAAGUUCGUCAUCGACAUGCUGGAGAGCGAUGGCUAUGCGGUGGUGCGCAAGGAGCCCGUGCCAAAGCCGACGCCCCCGGCGCGUCGCAAGAAGUUCACACGUUCGCCCGGUGAGCGUUUCGCCACCCUGCCCAGCAUACGCGGCUCGCGUGGCUCCCCGCCUCCGGCCCGCCCGCCGCCGCCGCAGCAGUAUAUACCUAGCGAGGAUUCGCCACUGCCGCCGCGUCGCAGAUCGGCUGCAAGUCUGGAGGAGAUGACCACCGGCCUGCUGCUCAAGUCAAACUACGCGACCUUGCCAUCCGCACAGCCGGAUCGGGAUCGGGAGCGACAGCAGGCRCAACUGGUGGAGGAGGAGGAUGAUUACGAGGAGCCGGGCGCACUACAGCGACCCGAGUCCCCACGCUCGAAUCUGCAGUCCGGCGAGGUCAUCAACAAAAUGAAGUUCCGACCGCUGCCACCGCCACCACGCCCACCGCGCGAAAAACGCUCAACGAGGGGCGGCAGCGGCUUGGACGAGGACAGCGAGCGCGUGGCUAGCUCCUCGACGGCCGAUAGUACCGAGCAGGGUGAAUUCGAGGUGGAGGUGUCCACACAAACGGACCCAUUGCCAGAUGAUUUUAUUUGCGAGGAGUUUGAGAUUACGGAGGAUAUGAAAAUUAUAGAGCCUCGUCGCCCCACAGGUGGUAAGACUACGCUGGAGGAUUUGCUGCGCAGCACAGAGGCCCAGCAGCCGGAUGAGGUGGAUGGCGCUCCAGUGCUCACAGAGGAUGAGCAGCUAGCCAAGGGACUGCAACGAUUCCGUGAUGCUAAUCAGCGCAGCUUAUCGGAACGCUCACGUGCAUCUUCACAAGCGGAUCGCUCCAAGUCUCUGAGUCGUCCACAGACUCCAUCGUCAGCUGUAAUCAUAGAGCGACGCGUGCCCACGCCUAGCAUCGAAGGCGAUGCCACGGUGCAAGCGUCGCUGAUUGUGCGCCCCAUUAGCGCUGCUGAUUUGGAGGAUGACGAACUGCGUCGUGAGGAGGAGGAGCUAAGACGUGAGGGAUUGCUGUCUGAUAGCUCGGUGCAGAGCAAAUCUGACGUGGAAACAGCCGGUGAGGAGGAUGAGCGUGGCGAGGUCGCCCUUAGCGACUAUGCAGCCAGCUCAGCCGACCUGGAGGCAGCUGUGGAGCAACUGCAGCAGGCGCAGCUCGAGAGUGACUACGACAGCAAGCUGGAGGAUGAUGAAGUGGAGCGUACGCUACGAGAAAGCGAGUACGAUGAAGAGGAUGAUGAGAAGUACUCUGAUCACUUUGACGAGGAAGAAAGUUCGCAACCUAAGGGAGAGACGACAGACCAGGAGCUGGACGAAGCACUCGAAAAGGAGCUGCAAGAGGAAAUGGAAAAGAUGCUGGCCGUGUACAGACAAGCAGAGAUCGCAGAGUCGAGAGCAAAGGCGCUCGCCGAGGAGCAACCCACAUCCGAAGAGGAGCACGUGCUAUCAGAGGAAGAGCGCAUUCUAUCUGAUACAGAGCAGGUGCUGUCCGAAGUGGAGCAGGCACCAUCCGAGGUAGAAACUGUACAAUCUGAAAUGGAGCCGGCUCAAUCCGACGCUGAGCCUGCUCUAUCCGAAGCUGAGCCGGCUCUAUCCGAACCUGAGCCUGCUUUAUCCGAAGCACAGCCUGUUUUAUCCGAGGUAGAGCCAGAGGAGCCGUCACAAGUGGAGCAAAUUACAGUGGAAGAAGCACCCAUUAGGAAGACCAUUGUACAUGAGCCCACUGAAGCAGAAGUCGAUGCCAAAUUCGUUGCCUCUUUACCCACCGAACCUGCUACGGCCUACAGCCAAGAACUGCCCGCAGAAGCAGCAGGAGCCGAGCCAGAGGCGACGCCCUUGCCGCCGCCACGUCGUAAAUCCACCACAUUCGUCGAACCGACAGCUACUUCAAUAUUGACCAUUGCCGAGCAGGUGAGCCGCGAGCUAACGCCCAUUCAGGCGCUGCGAGCCUCGCCUCCGCUGCAGCUGCCCACCCACAUCCAGGAGCUGGAGGUGGAGCGACUGCGGGUGCAUGCGCUGCAGGCUGGACAGAUUCAGGUGUCCCAGCUGCACGGCGGGCAAGUCACAGCCGAUGACCUGGCCUGCAAAUCGGGUCAGCUGGUGGUGCAGAACAUUAAUCUGCCACCCGGUUUUAUAGACGAUAUUGUGGAGCGUGUCAAGGAGCAGCGUCCAUCGUUGCUGACCAGCGAAACACAGACGAGCCGUCAAGCCAGCAGUGAACCCGCCACUAGCGAUGUGGAGCCACCCACCAAGCCGCCACGCCAAGGCAAGAUCAAUGAGUCAACGCCUGCAGCCACCCAGAGCAAUCUGGACGAGCAGACACAAACAGAAGCCGCAAUGCUUCCAUUGCCACCACCGCCACCUGUGUAUCCCAGUGUCGAGUAUCUGCAAUCCCUGGCUCCAUUGGCCUUCUACAACUUGCAGCGCAGUGCUGAAGCGGAGCAGGCAGGAGCAGCAGCUGCUCCUGGCAGCUCGGAACGCAAGGCGCCACACAAAUGCCGACGUCGCCAUGUGCACGAAGAGCAACAGGAACUCGACUCCGACUCAGAGCUGGAGGAACAACUCGAGAGGGCGCGUCCUCGUUCGCGUUCGCGUCGCUCGCGCACGCGCAGCGCUACACAGGCAAUGGAGGAGUUCGAUGAUGAUCAGCCCAAGACAGUGGCGCAGGCCGGUCGACAGUUCCUUUCCGUUUGUAGCCUAGAGCUGAUUAACAUAAUCAACCACCUGACCCACUUUGUCCGCGGAGAGGUUGAGCCGGUGCAGCAGCCCAGAAAUAUAUCCUCGCUGAUGGUGCUCUUCAUAUUGAUCACCUUCGCUGUGAUCGUCUUUCUGCUGACGGGUCGCCAGGUGCACACACACCAUUGGGACUACUUCAAUCCGCCGAGCAACGAGGGUAGGCAAACGUGAAAUCUAAAGAGCUCCCCAGAUUUUGGACAUUUUGUGGCUUGGAUAUUUUGUAUACCAAAUGAUACUUGGGCAAUUUUUCUUUGCAUUUUGGAGCAUGAAACGAAUUUAGAAAGCGUCGGGCACCAGCCGAACGCUCGAAACCAAAGGCCUUAACAUUAAUGAUAUAUACUACAUACUAACAAAAUAAAUACUUUAGGAAGGAUGCAAAGUGAGAGGCGAUGCCUGUGCUACUCUAGUCGCAGCUUAACAACUAAUCAAUCGAACAACAAUCAGUCAAUCAGUCAAUCAAUCCCAGUUCAGUAACAAACACACUGACUUAUAUAGAACAUAUAUCUCAUACUAACCGAAAUACAAGAACAAUAUCAUGUUUUUCUACAAUACUCCCAAAACAACAACAGCAACAACAACAAUAACUAAAGAUCAUGUAUUAAAUAUGUACUUAAACUAAGUAAA